AUGUGUCUCGUGUCGAAAGACAUCCAUAAGUGCGGGCACCCAGCUGGUAUUCUGGUGAGCGUGUGCGAGUCGUGUCGCGAUAACCAGUUGCGGCCUCGGUGGAUUGAGAAGUGGGACAGGGUGGAGGACUGUCUGCGCUUUCAGGAGCUGCCGCGCGCCAGUAAGAGUGAGGUUGGCUACUGUCCUGAUUGCAUGCAGCUUGUUUGGGAGGGGCAGAAUAGGAAGAGGAAGGAGAGGAAGAGGAAGAAGUGGAAGAAGGGGAAGAAGGGGAAGAAGGGGAAGAAGGGGAAGAAGGGGAAGAAGGGGAAGAAGGAGGAGAAGGAGAAGAAGGAGAAGAAGGAGAAGAAGGAGAAGAAGGAGAAGAAGGAGAAGAAGGAGAAGAAGGAGAAGAAGGAGAACAAGUGCAAAACUCAGUGA